AUGCAAACCUGUCUUUUGAGUAACAUUCCUCCCUGUACCGAGGAUGAACUCAAACGUGGUUUGCUUGCGUAUGGCACGACUGUCAGCACAGUGGUUGUUCCUCAUAUGCGGCAGGCAGCCGUGACGAUGCGUACUGCCCAAGAAGCGCAGGCGCUCCUUCAGAGGGGAUGCAUCAGUUUAUUUGGUCAGACUGUAAAAGUGGAACCAGCGGCAAGUCCUGCUGUUCCAUACGGUGCCGGUGGCAUUUCUGCUGGCGGAAUGAAUAACCAUUUAGGUGGUGCUCGGAUUAAUGUUGUGGUGGAGAAGUGUACCUAUCCCGUCACAAAGGAGGUAUUGUCACAAGUUUUCAGCAUGGUGGCUCCUCCUGCCAACGUCGUGUGCGGCCCAUCAGGCCCCACAACAAAUGGGUGGGUUGAUUACAACGAUAUCGCUACUGCCCAGCGAGUUGUGGUACAAUUGAAUAAUAACUCAAUCUAUCCCGACUGUUGCUUCAUGACACUAACGCUCGAGCAUAUGGGGAGCACGCCCCGCGGGAUGGGGGAGUAUGGCUCACAGGGUCACAUGCCUUAUCAUCCUCAGCAACCACAACACCAGAAUAUUCACCAAAACCAGCAAAUGUCCCAACAGCAGUUGCAGGCAAUGCCUUUUGGUAACAAUGGCUUUAAUGCGGCGUCAGCUCGUGGUGGCCGCGGAAUUCGUGGGCGAGCCCGAGGGCGCGGGGCGAUGGGUGGUCGGGGUGGACCGGUUUACGGCUCGGGAUACCCCAUGCAGCAUGCGCCGUACGCACCAGGGCAAUAUGGAGCACCUCCUGUGGAUUCUGUAGUGAUUGUCAACAGUGUCCCUGAAACAGUGGCGUUGCACAGUUUAUGGGUUUUGCUUGAGGUUUACGGCAAUGUUAACUCCCUUAAGCGACAAUUCAGCUCCAAGACAUCCGUGAUUGCACACUUCCAAAAUGUGCACGAUGCCCGCCUUGCCGUGCAGCACCUUCAGGGUUGUCCGUUCCACGGUGCCACGUUGACGUUAAGGCACUUUGCAGGUUAUGUGGAACGCGGUGGGAAAACUGAGUGGAACAGCGGCCCGGCAACGGAUCCUGCAACACAGGCAGUGCUCUUCUCCUGUGGGUAUCACCACCGUACACGACCAACAGCUUCUUUCAAUCCCACAGGACGCGUCCGACCGGGGAGGUAUUUGUUUGUCUCAAACCUUACGGAGGCCAUUACAGACGAUGACCUAAAGGAUGUCUUCACCAACGAGUGUUUUGAGUUGGAUGGGUAUUACCGAAAGAGCCCCACUGUCGCAAUCGUUAGUCUCAAAGAUGUGGAGACUGCCGUGAACGCCCUCAUCGCCGUGCAUUCUCAUCAACUUAAGGAGCGCUUCCUCCGCGUCACGUUUUCUCACUUCCCCCCGGCUCCACGCAGUGGCACUGAGGAGGAAGUAGAACAAGCACUGGCGGCUACAGAGGCGGAGGCAGCUGAAGUGAGGGAAGAUGUGGAACCACAGGACGAACAGAAUGAGUGA